AUGUCUGCCCGCCCCACAGGUUGUCUGGCUCUAACCGCAUGCAUUCUUUACCCGGUGGGGUGGACCGAAAACGCCGAAGUCAAACAAGCCUGUGGCGAAGAUGCGAACAGUUUUCAUUUGGGUCGAUGCCACAUUGGUUGGGCUUAUGUUCUGACGUGUUCCGGUGGCUUGCUUAGUGUGUUCGCAGCCACAUUGCCCAUUAUUUUCCCGAAGCACAUCAAACAGUCAUCCACCAACGGAUUCCGCUCUUUCACGGACAGUGGUCAACGCGCAGACGAAUCUGACGAACAUGCGAGCAAGCUGACAUCGAAUGCCAAAUCUCGUCCGGCGGAUUGUUGCGGUCCUUGUCAUGCAUCAAGUCCGUCAGACUCCCUCUCUCAUAUUGGUUCGACUCCGGUGGGAAGCGUGGCCGCUUUUGUGCAACGCGGUGUCCCUUCUCCCGUUCACUCUGCAGCCAUGUCACAACGUAACAGUCGCAUUGGACUGCCUCUGAGUCCGCAACAACAACAACAGUUAGACAGUUUAUUGUAUUUGCCUGUGAGUUCCGCAUCAGCUUGUGUGGUUGAUGCAUCGAGCACUUGUGGUUCCUCAUCCUCACCAGCCCCUGGUUCGUGUUCUACCGAUGCACCCUGUUCCGGCAAAGCACUAAUUGCACAGGCAAUCUCGCAUAGCUCUCUGCACAAUCUAGCUCCAACCUCACGACAAAUGCUGCGGUCCGGUUAUACACAUCAUCCCCUGCUAACCUCCUACGCCCCACAGCGUUACAGUACAGGUGCUAUUCUUAGUCAUCUGUAUCCACUGACAACACAUCAACGUAUCACACCGUCUCUCAAUGCGGAUCCGCUCAUCUAUGUGGCUGAGGAGGAAGAGUGUGAUCAUGAUCAUGGGACCCUGAGCAGUCGCAUUCCCGAUGUGGCACACGUUAUCGAGAUGUCAGAUGUGGAUAUGGAUCACCAUUUUGUGUGGGAUAUAAAGCGUUAUACGGAAUGGAGUCACACAGAUAAUCGUCAGCUGAAACAUUUUGGCUGA